CUGAAGUUGAGGUUUGUCAACUGAACAAUUUCAGUUCACCGCCAUCAUUCAAUCGAGCUGAUCCAUGAGUGGACUGUAAACUCAGUGGCUAGUUUGAUUAUUCACAAGAUACCUGACAUACAGCUGUAUUUCCAAUGGAUCCAGCCAGUCGAGUUUUGAAACCAAACUUGACAUCUGGAACAACAGCUGCCCAUGUUGACAGUUUGGCUGCUGCCAAACUUCCUCUCAGAGUUCCAGCAGAAAAGGAAAAUAAUUCUUCAGGAGGCGAUAUAGCGUCAAGUUCAGAUUCCUCAAAUGGUCCAGUGAAAUGGGGUUUGAGUAAUUUUGAUAUUGGAAGACCCCUUGGAAAAGGGAAAUUUGGAAAUGUGUAUCUUGCCAGGGAAAAGAGAAGCAAGUACAUCGUUGCUUUAAAGUUGAUGUUCAAAUCUCAACUUGUGAAAGCUGGAGUGGAACACCAACUGAGGAGAGAGAUUGAAAUUCAAACUCAUCUUAGACACCCCAAUAUUCUCAAAUUGUUUGGCUACUUCCAUGAUGAAUCACGAGUGUAUCUCAUUCUUGAAUAUGCCCCCAAAGGAGAACUCUACAAAGAUUUACAGCGGCAGAAACGCUUCGAUGAUGCACGGUCUUCAAAGUACAUCGCACAGUUAGCAGAUGCCCUCAUCUACUGCCAUGCAAAGAAAGUGAUACAUCGUGACAUUAAGCCAGAGAACAUUUUGCUAGGACUGAAAGGGGACGUCAAGAUUGCUGACUUUGGCUGGUCUGUGCAUGCGCCAUCCUCACGGCGUCAAACAAUGUGUGGCACUUUGGAUUACCUGCCUCCUGAAAUGGUGGAGGGAAAGUAUCACAACGAGUGUGUUGAUCUCUGGAGUCUUGGAGUUCUUUGCUAUGAGUUUCUUGUGGGAAACCCACCAUUUGAAGCUGAAGGGCACAAUGAAACUUACCGUCGUAUAGUCAAAGUUGAUCUUGUAUUUCCUGACCAUGUAUCAGAUGGAGCUAGGGACCUCAUAUCAAAGCUGUUGCGGCACGACCCGAAGGCCAGACUGCCUCUAGAACAAGUUCUCAAACACCCAUGGAUUUUGAAGUACAACCCAGACUUGGCAUCUUCGUCCACAUCUUCUGCACCUUCCUCCUAACCUUUGCACUUCAAAUAAGUGCAACAUUUGGAAAGUUUCUUUUUAACAUGGCUUGAACUGUAGAAGCAUUCCCACGGUUGAAAUGAUGCUUGGAAAAUAGUGGAAAUUAUUAUAAGGUUUGAUUUCCCAGGCCUUGAUCCAGUUCCAUCUUGAGACAUAAGAAAUGCCUUUUACAAUAAAACCUCAGUAUAACGUACACCCUUCGGACCUCAAGAUUUAGAAUGUUUUAACCAAGGUACGUAUUGGCAAAAAAAA